UCGACGACCUACCAGUUUGCAAACAAAGCAGUCCAGAAUUCAACAAUUGCGUGAAAAAUCUCUUAGAGGAAUCCAUACGCCGCGUUAAAAAUGGCAACAAGGCGCUGAAUAUUCCCGUAAUCGAUCCUUUCCGCCUCAAUCGCACCACUUUUCAAUACACAAAUGGCAAUGUACGUGGACGUAUUGCCAUGCUAAAUGGACUCACAUAUGGCUUCUCUAAAACGGAAAUCAAAACGCUUGACUUGAAAGUGAUUGAUGGUAAAAUUAAGAUGAAACUACUAUCCCAUGUGCCAGAGAUAAGAGUUGUGGGCAAUUAUAAGGCCGAGCUUUUGCUGAAUAAUGUACAGCUGCGACCAAGGGGCGAAUUCAAUGUGUCAUUGGUUGACGUGGAUAUUGACCAAUUGUACGAGGGUGGCUUCUAUGAGGCUGACGGUCAUCGUUUUGUGCGCAUGACGAAAUUUGACGCUGAACCUAAAGUAAAGGAUUUUAAGCUGUCAGCAAGUGGCCUAUUUCCUGAUCCAACAUUGAAUGAACUGGCGUUGAAUAUUGUGAAUCAAUAUUGGCGUCAAAUAUUUCAAGUUUUCCUGCCCGAAACACGCCAAUAUUGGGGACCAAUGUUGCUGCGGCAAAUCAAUCAAAUAAUGUCUGUUGUGCCAUAUGAUGUUUUUGUUGUAGAUUAGUCUUCAAAAGACAGCAGUAACCGAGUAUGUGCUAAUUCAGUCGGCACAUUAAGUUAAGCAAGUUCGUAGCUUAAGUCUUUUAUUUCAACAGCCGAUUUAUGUACGUUUUGUUGUGAGUAUUCAUUUGUAUAAUAAAAAUUUGUUAA